AUGUUUGCUGAGGAAAUCAAAGAACUUAAAAGACUCCACAAAUUGAAACUUGCGGCAUUUUUCGAUUGCAUUCGGUUGAAAUAUCGAUUUGAAGAAAAAGCACACGAAUGGUCCGAUUGGAUUGAAAACCAUCUUAGACAAAUGAUUAUUAGAGUGCAAACAAAAUUUAUUGAUUUUGAAACUAUGGCAAAAAAUUUCAAAUAUUUCAAAUCAGUUUCGGAAGAAAUGAUGCCUGAAAUAAAUUCUGAAAUAUUUAAUCUAAAUGAAGAAAUCACGAUCUUGCUCAACAAUUUUUCUACCAUUUUCAACAACUUUGAAAUUAUGUAUAUCGACCAUCCAGAAGGACUUUUUAUUCGCGUUAUUCAAAAAAGCUUGUGCAUGAUAGCUGUAAAACUCCUGGAAAUCCGGAAUUCUUUAGACAAAGCUGACAUGUCAAAUGACUGGUAUGAAGAGACAAGGGCGCUUUUCUCAAACAUCAAAAUAAGUGACAUUCCAACGGUUUCCCAAUUGAGAAAAAUUUGUAAAAAUGAGAGUCAUUCUGACUACGAAGAAUUGAAAUUUCCGGAGGUUUUGAGAGUAGCUACUGUAGUGAUUGAAGAAGUUUCAAACAACAGUAAAGAAUCAGAAGAAUUAUAG